AUGAAUGCUGAGUUUCUAAUAAAUGUCGAAAAUGGUCCGUUAGUUGAAAUGGCAAACCGGAUCCCCCCGGAUGGUGUCAUGCGUGAGGAGACAUUUGCACUCAGAGAUCUCCUCGGAUUGUACGGGCAAGAUCUGGUUUUCUCUGCUGACGGGACGCCGAGCCACGUACGAUCAGUUAUCAAAGACGUCCUGCUUCUCGCUCUUGACUUCGAAGGAGAAAUUUGCAGCCCUGCCGCGCCUCUAGGAUUCCGACUAGGGAUAUCGGUUUUGGACACCCGACGUCUGAAAGAUCUCGCCGAAAGCCAGUUCCGUGAUGGAGGAGCGGACAUCCAAGAUGCCAUCCGGACCUGCAGUUUCUGUACUGGACCGUCGAUGGACUGUUUGAAAGAGCGUAGAAAGGAAAUAUUUGGAAACGCAAGAGAGAUGAAGAUAGAGGAGAUGAGGACAACUAUUCAGGCUUUGAUAUCUGGAAGACACGUUGUUCUUGUGGUCCAUGGAGGAGAAAAUGAUUUACGAUUCCUUGAAAGGCUUCAGAUACCCAUUCAACCCCUCUACAUAAUAGACACUCAAAAAGCCGCACAGAAUCCUCUCGGAUUAACAGCAAGACCUUCUCUGGAAACUCUUCUGACUAUCCUCGAGAUACCUCAUGUACCUUCAAUCCUACAUGUCGCAGGAAAUGACGCAACCUAUACUUUGCGAUCACUAUUGAUGAUUGCUGUGAAAGACGCCGAAAUGGCUCACGGGUUGGAUGAUAAACAACAAGCCUUGGUAGUCAUUCUAUGUAAACUCGCUGGAUCUCCGCUCCCAGAGAGUGUUAAAAAGCAGUACGCCAAUCGAGGAAAUGGUGGCGAAGGUCAAAAAAGGAGGCGUGAGGAAAAGAAGGCUGCAAAGAAGUUAAUCAGAGAACAGCUGGCUGAGAUUCAAGCUGUAGAAGCGUCAAAAUAUUGA